AUGGACACCAAAACCUGGCUCAUCGUGGGGGCAUCUCGCGGAAUUGGCCUUGAAUUUGUGCGUCUAAUUCUAGCGAGCGGCCAUCGGGUUGUCGCCACUGCUCGCGGCUCUGGGAGUGCUUUAGACGCCAUUGCCCGAGAUGCGCCUGAUCGAGUGACCCUCUUAACAUGCGACGUGUCUAGCAGUCAGGGCAUUACUAGCUUCAUCGACCAAUUCGUCCAGUCUGGUGUGAAGAAGAUUCACUAUGCGGUGAUCAAUGCUGGCAUUCUGGAAUAUCCGAAUAGGGCUUUGGAUAUGACCUUCGACCAUUUUGCUCAGCACCUCCUGACUAAUGCUGUGGGGCCGAUUAUCGUCGCUCAGAAGCUUCUGAAGCUUUCUGAUGUCUCCAUAGACACGAUUGCAUUUAUGUCUAGUGACUCCGGCUCCACACAGCGUUUUCUCGCCUUUGAAGAUGGAUUUGCAGCAUAUGCUGCGUCGAAAGCCGCUCUUAAUCAAGCUUUACGUCACCUGGCCGAAGAAUUGAGGCGCAAGCAACGACAUACGGUCAUUCUGGCCUUGCAUCCUGGCGAAGUCGCGACAGAUAUGGGCAUGAUUGAAACCAGCUGGGACCUUGACGGCGGGCAGAUAUCUCCGGAAGAAUCAGUGAUUAGAAUGAUGGACGUGAUCCGGAGCAAAGGUAUUGACCAAAGCGGGACUUUUUGGACUUGGGAGAACAAGGAAUAUCCCUGGUGA